AUGACGGAACUAACUGGAGCAAGCAAGGAGUACCUCAAUAUCCAUGAAACGUAUCACGUUAUACUUGGAAUCAAUACUGCCGUUGUAUCCGCUGUUCUAUUGGUGCUCAAUAUAAUCACAUUAAAUGGUAUCCGAAGAACUGCCGAACUAGUCCGAUAUCCUGCCUAUCGUGUCAUGGCCUUAUCUAUCGUUUUCGAUCUUAUUCAGCUCUGUGUUCAUUUGAUAAGCGCCGUUUUUGGAGCGUACGGAUACGCGAUCCCUUCGAAAAUGAAUACAGCGCUCGGUGCUAUUCUAUCAGCCGGAUGGAUGACGUCGAACAUGUUUACAGUCUUAUUGUCAUUCCAUCGUGCGUUAGUUGUCGCACAUCCUCUUCUUGAAGAGAAGCUAUUUCGAGGAUUGAAGGAACGCAUAUUCAUCUACGGUUUAUAUUAUACGUGCAUUUUUAUCUACUGGGAGUUUAUAGACGAAAAGUUGGAGGAUAAUCCUGUGACUAAUUUCUUCAGCAAUAUGAUGUGGGUCGUAGCGAAUGGAUUGCAAGCAAUUCUUACGCUAAUUUUGAAUAGUGCGGUAAGGAAAGCCGGAACAAAAUUCAUGCUGCCAUCAACCGCUGGUCUCGAUAAGUGCCGUCAGAUCCGACUUCGCAGUCUAAUCGAAGCCGUUUUUAAAAAACCAUCGUCUGUUGUUGCACACACUACGAUUACUGUUAUAGUAUCGAAAAAGGCCGUUGUAGCUGCGACCUGA